AUGGCUUCGCAGCAACAGGUCAGCGUGAGGAAACAACAGGAGCUCCAGCUCCAAUACUCCAACUACAAGAAUGCGCUGCAGAGCAUGGCACAGAAAAUCGGCGAUAUAGAGCAAGAAACCGAGGAACAUAAACUAGUCAUCGAAACCCUCGAACCCCUCUCGGCAGAUCGCAAAUGCUUCCGCCUCGUUAACGGUGUUCUCGUCGAACGAACAGUGGGAGAUGUCGUGCCUUCGCUCAAAACGAAUGCCGAUGGCUUGAAGCAGGUUCUUGAUGAGAUGGUGAAGCAAUACAAGGCCAAGCAGACGGAGAUGGAUAACUGGAAGAAAAAGAAUAAUGUCCAGGUCGUGCAGCAAUGA